AAAAAAUGUAGAAAAAGUUGCUAAAUUUCCUUUAUUUCCGCCCCUUUACAAGCUUAGAUUUAGCAAAAAUGCAGGACCCAUAUUGGGUUUGAUGAUUCUUUCAAGGAAAUCUGCUCUUAUGUAUCCAAAUCUAAUCUAUUGUAUAAUCUAUAGACAAAUGCUUACAAAGUUGAUCUAUAGUUGUUUGAACUUUGAAGAAGAAAGUUAAAAAAAAAGAAAGAAAUAUGACCCACCUAAGAGGUCCCAUAGCUUUGGACAGUUGCAAUUCAUGCUUUGAACACCAACUGUUUGACAAAAAUGUCCAAAGAAUUCCACCAACAGCAACAUCUCCAUCUGGGUCUCUUUAGUUUUAACCCUACAACUCUCUCUCUCUCUCUCUGUCUGUCUUCUGAACAUCUCUUCUUUGUCCAUGGACAAACAUCAGCAGCCACAGCUGUCUCUUCCCAAGUGUUCCAGGCAGAGAUGCAAUGAAUGGAUCUUUCUUGAUGUUCCUAGUGAUUUUACAGUAGAAGUUAAUGGUGGAACAUUCUCAUUGCAUAAAUUUCCUCUUGUAUCUCGAAGUGGGCGAAUUCGUAAACUAGUAGCAGAAAACAGAGUAGAAAAUAGAGAUUCAUACAAUUCAAAGAUCGAGCUUUUAUCAGUACCCGGUGGUGCUGAAUCGUUUGAACUUGCAGCAAAAUUCUGCUAUGGUGUGAACUUCGAAAUCAUGGCAGGGAACGUCGCUCAAUUAUGCUGCAUAUCAGAUUAUCUCGAAAUGAAUGAUGAAUUCUCGAAGAACAACUUGAGUUCAAGAGCAGAGGAAUAUCUUGAGAGCGUUGUAUGCAAGAAUCUUGAGAUGUGUGUUGAGGUUUUGCAGCAAUGUGAAAGUCUUCUCCCGUUAGCGGAUGAGCUAAGAAUAGUGGGAAGAUGCAUAGAUGCGAUAGCGUCGAAAGCCUGCGUUGAACAAAUCGCUUCGAGCUUUUCCCGUUUAGAAUACAGCAGCUCGGGUAGACUUCACAUGAACCGUCAGGCGAAAUGUGAAGGGGAUUGGUGGAUUGAAGAUUUAUCGGUUCUUCGUGUCGAUUUAUACAAACGAGUCUUAAUAGCGAUGAAAGGUCGCGGUUUAAGACCAGAGAGUAUAGGAGCAUCACUCAUGAAUUACGCGCAAAAGGAACUUACUCAAAAAUCAAGUUUAUUGAAUCCAAGUACAAUUCAAAAGGUUACUAGUAAUAACAAUAAUAGUGAUAAUAACCACCACGAGAAAGAAGUGGUUGAGACAGUUAUAAGCCUAUUGCCAACUGAAAAAUGUUCUGUUCCCAUUAGUUUCUUAUUCGGGCUUCUUAGAAGUGCGGUUUUACUAGAUUGUAUAGUGGCUUCGAGGCUUGAUCUCGAGAGACGAAUUGGGUCGCUUUUGGAUAUAGCCACUCUCGACGAUCUAUUGAUUCCUUCGUUUGGGAAUGCGGGUGAAACUCUUUUUGAUAUCGAUACGGUUUACAGGAUUUUAGUUAAUUUUUCUCAACAAGAUGUGGAUAGUGAAGAUGAUGAUGAUGAUUUGGAAGAUGAAUCUGUGUUUGAAUCUCAGAGUCCUCCUUCUCCUUCACAUUCUUCGCUGCUGAAAGUAUCGAAAUUGGUUGAUAAUUAUCUUGCUGAAAUUGCUCCUGAUGCUAAUCUCAAGCUUAAUAAGUUUAUAGCUGUUGCUGAAACAUUGCCUGCACAUGCUAGGACGGUUCAUGAUGGAUUGUAUCGAGCUGUUGAUGUUUAUCUCAAAGCUCAUCAAGGUUUAUCAGAGAUUGAAAGGAGGCGAGUAUGCAAGUUAGUUGAUUUUCAAAAGCUCUCGCAAGAAGCGGGUGCACACGCUGCAACAAAUGAACGGCUUCCUCUUCAAGCAGUUGUUCAAGUUCUUUAUUUCGAACAGCUAAGACUUCGAAACGCCUUAUUCUGUUCUUCAUACCCCGAAGAGGAUCACAAACCAAUACAUCAGUCUUCUUGGCGAAUAACGAGUAGCGGUGCAUUAAGUUCUGCGAUAGUAACGUCACCAAAGGACAACUACGCAUCCCUCAGAAGAGAGAACCGCGAGCUGAAGCUUGAGCUUGCUCGAAUGCGAAUGAGACUAAAUGAUUUGGAGAAGGAACAUGUUUGCAUGAAGAGGAAUAUGGAGAAGUCGAGCUCGAGAAAGUUUAUGAGUUCCUUCUCCAAGAAAAUUGGGAAGCUAAAUGUUUUCGGGCAUAGUUCGUCAAGGGGAUCAACUACUUCUCCUUCAAAGAAUUCGCAAAGAACCGACUCGAAAAUGACCGAGAGAACAUAAACAUGUUUCAUACUUCAUAGUAGGUAAAAAUAUAUUAAUGAAGCUCUUGUUAUAUUUAUUCUUAUGGAUUUUAGAUGUUAUUGUUGGGUGUGAAUGGAGGUGAUGAUUCUUCAUAUGUUAAUUAUUUUGUUCAUCAUC